AUGGAGAUGAACGAUGCCGGGCAUCGGCAGCCCGGCCGCGCACGUACGGACGAGCUUAAAAUUACUCCGGGUGAGCAUACUUACCCUUUUGUCGACAUUACGACACCGUCGCCCCACUCGCGCAAAGGGUCAGCCGGCACAGGAACUAGUACGAUGAGUAUGCAGGACAAGCGUGCUUUAGUCCCACAGGCUCCACCGCCACCGUCUGGAAUGAUGUCUUCGUUUCACAAAACGGGGACGUCCAACUUUAUGGACAGCAGCCAUUUCAUCAAUAUGAACGCCACCACCACACAAUUUAUCGGACGUGGUUCGCCCAAAAUGAGCGCCAACUGCAGAAGCGGUCGCCGAAAUCAGCGUCGCCCCAAUGUCCAAGCUAUGCUAGGUGCAUCUAUGGUGCGUCAGACGCUAGCUCGUGCGUCCAACAUGUCGUCGAUGAUGUCGAUGGGCAGUUCCAGAUACGGUCCGCAGCCUGGCACCGAUGUCAUGUCCGUCCCGGUUCUUGGCGAUUGCAACUUUGAGCAACAAUACAGCGUGGCAAUGAGCAUGAACGAACACAGCAUUGAUAUGGCAUACACACCUAUGGAAAAGCUGCAUGCGUUGCGCGAUGUUAUGAGUAGUAUCAUUAGUAAGGACGGCUACAUUGAGCGUGAGACCUUUUCCCAGACAUUUGAGGUCAACGGUAAGGAAUUUGACGGAUACGCUACAGGGAACGGUACGAUCGACGGCAACGCUAUCCUUAUUGAUGCUGUCAUGGAUCUCGAAGUAGGUGCCGAAGAGAAAUUGCGUUUCAUUUUUGAGACGCUCGACCCCGAAAACUCAGGAUACGUGAUCGAAGACCAGAUCGUCCAGCUACUGGAGUCGAAUUUUUCGACGGCUCGCCUUGACGUGGUUGGUACGGACUUCAAAACGAUGGCCAGUCUAAUGUUUCGCAAGGCUCAAGCGAAGGACGAGUCUAUGACGUUUGAGCAGUUCCGCGGAGUGUUUGGUCCUUACAUCAGCAAUUCGUACAACCUCCAAAAGUCAGAACCCAUGUGCAUGGUUCCUAUCCGCCCGAAAAGCAAGUUUGGCGCUUUUUACAGUAUUAACAAGCUUCGGAUAUGGUGGCUCCUCCUGUACGUUCUUCUUAACAACGUCGCCUUUUGGUCCAAGUGGUUCACUUACGAAGUGGAUCCUGCCAUCGGGUGGGGUUUGCGUAUUGCACGUGCCAGCUCUCAAGUUGUGAUGCUUAAUUGCGUCUUCGUAUUGGUCCCCAUGUGUCGUUCCAUUACACAAGUUAUGAAGCGAAGCCGGUUCCUGUGGCGUUACAUCCCUUUCGAUGACAGUAUUGAAUUUCACAAGAUUGCGGGUACUGUCUUGCUGAGUUCUGGUCUUAUCCACACGGCCGCGCAUGUAGUCAAUGAGAUUUACCUGUAUCUUAUCGCGACGCCAGACGAAAUCAGGCGCUCCAUUUUCGUCACGCGUCACGUGUCUUCAUUCGUUAACGGCGAACGACCUCCGUUCACUACCUUGCUUCAGUCGCUGCCGGUGUGGACUGGUGUAAUCCUCUUCAUAAUCACCAGUAUCUCCUUCCCGUUGGCUGCGAUUCCCAAGUUUCGUCAGGGCAAUUUCAACCUCUUCUGGUACUCCCACAUGCUCUUUGGAAUCUUCUUGGUUGUGAUGUCGUUCCAUGGUGCUGCAUCAUGGCUCGCUCGAAGCUCUUCGUACAUUUGGAUUACUCCCCCGUUCCUGAUCUACCUGGUUGAGCGUCGUUUCCGCUACGCCAAAUUGUUUGCUGCGCCUGUACGUAUCAUGGAAGCGAUGGAGCUAGAUGGUACCACUGCUCUGUUUAUAGAGAAGCCUCGUCAUUUUGUGUACCGCCCCGGCAUGUACAUGUUCAUUAACUGCCCGCUGAUUUCUAAGCAUGAGUGGCACCCGUUCACUAUUUCAUCAGCUCCCGGAGACAACUACGUCAGUGUUCACAUUCGUGCUUGUGGCGAUUGGACGAAAGCCUUAGCGGGCGUCAUUGCGGACUGCCAUGAACGUAAGGUGCUGUACCCAGACAUCUACCUCGAUGGCCCCGUUGGUGCUCCGACGCAAGAUUAUCACCGCUAUAAGACGGUCAUUUGCGUCGGCGGUGGUAUCGGUGUCACCCCCUUUGCUUCGAUUUUGAAGGACGUGGUGCAUUUAUGGGAGGACAACCGUUGCUCGAACUGCAACCAUAUCCAGCAUCCGGGCUCGUUUAAGAUUCAGAAGCUGUAUUUUCACUGGGUGACUCGUGGACAAGAGUCCCUGAGCUGGUUUGAAGAAACGAUGAACCAGAUAUCGGAAAUGGACCGUGACAACGUGAUUGAGACCCACCAGUACCUCAGUACGUUGAAGGGCAGUGAAAACACAUCGCAGCUUAAAAUGUUCCAAGAGUUUGUGCACGAACAGACCGGCAAGGAUUUCGUGUCUGGUUUGAAUACGAAGCAGCUUACGCAUUUUGGUCGUCCAGAUUGGGACAAGGUCUUUUCCAAUGCGAAAGCCAACCACCCUGGCGAAGAAGUCGGAGUUUUCUACUGUGGCCCUCACGCGCUGGAAGAGAUUCUAGACAAAAUGUGCCGAAGGUAUUCGUCAUCAGGUCCCGACGGCACUAUCUUUGACUUCCAUUCGGAGAAGUUCUCAUAG